UUUGCAGUCGUGUCCACCUUGACCUUCACGGGUGCCUCUUGCAAGUAGCCAAGUAGCCUAUCCACCCGCCGCCGACGCCGGAGGCCCAACCGACCGCAUCGAUGCCGUCGAUCGCCGGCGGCGGGCGCGGGCACCUCUUCGCCGCGCACCGGGGCGCGAUCUGGUGGCUCCGCCGCCGCCAGCACCCGCACUUCUCCUCCCUCGCCGGCGGGGGACGCCGAGGCGACGCGCCGCAUCUGCCGGUGCUCAUCGUCGGAGCUGGGCCCGUCGGGCUCGUCCUCUCCUUCCUCCUCGCCAAAUUCGGGAUCAAAUGCGCAGUGAUAGAGAAGAAUGUGAAGUUCACUCGGCACCCCCGAGCGCACUUCAUCAACAACCGCACAAUGGAGAUCUUCCGCAAGUUGGAUGGCUUGGCUGGGGACAUCGAGAGGUCCCAGCCACCAGUGGAUUUGUGGAGGAAGUUCGUCUACUGUACUUCACUCUCCGGCUCCGUUCUUGGAUCGGUUGAUCACAUGAAGCCGGAAGAUUUUGACAAGGUUAUUAGUCCUAUAUCAGUUGCACACUUCUCGCAGUACAAGUUAGUUGAUUUGUUACUCAAGAAGCUAGAAGGUAUUGGCUUCAGGACAUGCUUUCCCAGUGAGAUUGGUAUCUUAACACAGGAUGUGGGACUGGAAAGCAAGAUAUUGAUGGGACAUGAGUGCACAUCCCUUCAGCAGACUGAUGAGGGCAUUUUGGUUGGAACAUCAGUUAAUAAUGGCGACAGGAUGCUAGAGAGAAAGCUACACUGUGGUAUUCUACUAGGGACAGAUGGUGCAAGAAGCACAGUGCGUAAAUUAGCAGGCAUAUCUAUGGAGGGUGAAAGGGACUUGCAGAAACUGGUCAGUGUACAUUUUCUUAGCAGAGAUCUAGGCAGAUAUUUAUCCAGUCAGAGGCCUGGGAUGCUAUUCUUUGUUUUCAACCCGGGCGCAAUUGGUGUGCUCGUUGCACAUGACCUGGAGCAUGGGGAAUUCGUAUUGCAGAUUCCAUUUUAUCCUCCUCAGCAGAUGUUUGAAGAAUUCAGCUCUAAGGUUUGUGAGCAAAUUAUUGUCAAAUUAGUUGGAUGGGAGCCAGCAGAUGUUCAGGUUUUAGACAUAAAGCCAUGGGCAAUGCAUGCUGAAGUUGCAGAAAAGUACAUCAGCUGCAACAAUCGUGUUGUCCUUGUUGGUGAUGCUGCUCACCGUUUUCCUCCUGCCGGUGGUUUUGGAAUGAACACUGGUGUUCAGGAUGCACAUAAUUUGGCUUGGAAAUUGGGCUUAAUGCUGAAUGGUGUUGCUUCACCAUCAAUACUGCAAACUUAUGAAUCUGAGCGCCGACCUGUUGCAAUUUUCAAUACUGAGCUAAGUGUGGAGAACUUCAAAGCAGCAAUGUCUAUUCCUGCAAGCCUUGGUCUUGAUCCAACUGUUGCAAAUUCAGUGCAUCAAGUUAUCAACAGAAGCCUAGGAUCAAUCAUUCCAAGAAAUGUACAGAAGGCAGUGUUGGAAGGGUUGUUUUCCAUUGGUCGGGCACAAGUCUCAGAUUAUAUUCUGAAUGAGAAAAAUCCCCUUGGGUCAUUGAGAUUAGCAAGGCUGAGAAGUAUUCUUGAUGAAGGGAAAAGUCUGCAGCUGCAGUUCCCUGCAGAGGAUCUUGGCUUAUGCUAUGAAGAAGGAGCACUAGUUGCUGAAGAUUGCAGUCAGAAGACUCAGACAGGAGUAAAGCUAGAGCAUUCUGAGAGGACAUCAAGAGAGUACAUCCCAUCCGCUAAGGUUGGUUCGCGGCUACCCCACAUGCUUGUAAGAGCACUGCCUGCUUCAAGCGAGGGCGUGUUCUCAACACUGGACCUGGUAAGUGUGGAUAAACUUGAGUUUGUACUCAUCAUCGCACCACUGAAAGAGUCAUAUGAGAUCGCCCGUGCUACCCUCAAGGUAGCAGAUGAGUUCAAGCUGUCAGUCAAAGUAUGUGUCAUGUGGCCUCAAGGCUCUGCUGAUGUGGAAGUGGAGGAGAGCAGAUCUGAGCUAGCGCCCUGGACGAACUAUGUCAAUGUCGAGGAAUUGCCUAGGGUAUCUUGUAAUUCAUGGUGGGAGAUGUGUCAGAUUAGCAGGAAGAAUGUCAUUCUGGUUAGGCCUGAUGAGCACAUAGCAUGGAGGACGGAAUGGGACAUGGUGAGAGACGCUGAUUCAGAAGUUAGGGGAGUCUUUUCUCAAAUUCUGUGCCUAAAUUGUCACCAGACGUAGGGAUUUCCAUUCAUUGUCUGACUGAGUUUUACGGUGUCACUAAAUUAGUAUAGCAAAGAACAUGUUCUUGUUGUGAUUAUAACCAAUAGGGAAUUGCAUUUAAGUAAUUGUUGGCAUGCACCUCGGAUGAUGGUGAACACAUACACAUUUGAUCCUUGUUCAGCUU